AUGCCGAAAACACUGCCGCCGCCCCGACUGCUGUCCCAAAGCGACAACGGGUGUCUCGAGCGUGCGACCAAUGUAGAAGGCAAGCAACCAUACACAGUUAUUGUUCGCUUUGAGUUCUCUGAUGGCAACAUGUGGAUGCCGGUCACCUUGUUUCUGUACCGCGCGCCUCGGGAUGACCAGCGUCAUGCCAACUGCGUGCUGCUCCGUUGA